UUGUAUGAAUUAAAACUGCCACCUAAGUGUGGGCUAACCCAACCAAGAGGGAUUUCACCUACAUCCAUUCAGUCAGUUUAUGGGGGUUUAAAGAAAUUCCAAAGAGUCAUCAGAAGAGGAAAAACAAAGGUAAUGCUUUCUGCCACACAGGUAGAGUCUUUGAAAAUAUGUGUAAUAUGUAAAACAUUCUGACACCCCCAUAUUAUUUUUCCAGCAUUAACAGUAUAAAUUGCCUCCCAUGCUGAAGAGCUGCCUAUCACCCUUGCUAAUCACUACUCACAGAGACCUCAAGUCCUGCAGGCAUGUACAGCAUGCAGCUCGCAUCCUGUGUUGCACUGACGCUCGUACUCCUUGUCCACAGCGCACCCACUUCAAGCUCUACAGAGGAAACGGGGCAGCACCUGGAGCAGUUAUUGCUGGACUUACAGGUGCUUGAGAGAGGGAUCAAUAAUUACAAGAACCCGAAACUCCCCAUGAUGCUCAGGUUUAAAUUUUACAUGCCCAUGAAGGCCACAGAACCGAAGCAUCUUCAGUGCCUGGAAGAAGAACUUGGCGCUCUGCAGAGUGUGCUGGAUUUGAAUCAAAGCAAAAGCUUUUACUUAGAAGACACUGGGAAUUUCAUCAACAAUAUCAGAGUAACAGUUGCGAAACUAAAGGGCUCUGAAAACACAUUCAAAUGCAAAUUCGACGAUGAGCCAGUGACUGUGGUGGAGUUCCUGAGGAGAUGGAUUGCCUUCUGUCAAAGCGCCAUCUCAACCAUGAUUCAAUAACUAUGUGCUUCCUGCUUACAACACACAAGGCUUUCUAUUUAUUUAAAUAUUUAACUUUAUAUUUAUUUUUGGAUGUAUUGUUUACUAUCUUUUGUAACUACUAGUAUUCAGAUGAUAAAUAUGGAUCUUUAAAGAUUCUUUUUUUGUAAGCCCCAAGGGCUCUAAAAUGUUUUAAAUUAUUUAUCUAAAAUUAUUUAUUAUUACAUUGACUUGUUAAA